UUAAUCUAAAUAUAGUCUUCUUUGAAGAUAGUGAAGUUGGCCACUUUAAAGCCCUUCUUCAUCUCUCUAGUCACCUUGGAUCUCUAGAACCUUUUUUUUGUUUAUUUUUCCACUUUUAGGUGUUUUGACAUUUUGCUUACUCUCUAUCAUUGCUACUUCCCUCAACAAACCCCAAAAGGUAACCCUUUACAAAAGCCUAGGAACAUAGCAUAACAAUAAUCAUUGGAGUAAUAAUAGUCAAAAAGAACAGUCUCAUUGGUCAAAAGCUUCAUUCUUUACCUUAAUGGGUUUGGUUUGGUUUGGUUUUUUUGUUGUACAGUGUCAUUAAUGGUUCUGUUUAAGUUCUAAGUUGAAAUGCAACAAGAGUACAAGACAAGUUUAGUGUUUCUGCCUCAUUUCUGAAUUAACAAGAAUAAAAGUUAUGUUCUUAGGAAUGGGACUUGAAGGUUUGAUUCCAAGGCAUAAUCGUUCAAAGAGCUUUCCUGAUAAGGAAACAGUGAAGGAGGAUUGUUCAGAUAGCGUUGAGAUUUCAGAUCAAACAAAGCUGGACACAGGUUACCUCACAGAAUGCAGUGCAACUAGGAAAAAACAAACCCCUAUGAAUAAUGUUCGACAAACGCUGAAGCAAGAGAUUCUACAAUUAGAGAAAAGACUAGAAGACCAAUUUAAGGUCAGAUGCACAUUAGAAAAGGCACUUGGAUACAGACCUAUAUCUCUUGUUAAUCCAAAUGACAUGACUAUACCCCAGCCAACCACAGAAUUAAUUAAAGACAUUGCAGUUUUAGAGUUAGAAGUUGUAUAUUUGGAACAAUAUCUUCUCUCCUUGUACCGUAAAGCAUUUGAACAACAAUUAUCCCCCGCUGUGGCUGCAUCUGCAUCUACCGUGGAAGAAAGCGAAAAGUCUCCUCCUGUAACAACACCUAGAGCAAGAUUCCUUCAAGUUUCUCCACCCGAGGUCUUAACCAAAAAAGAAUGUUCAGAUGUACAAUGUAUUGAUCAUGAGCUUCAUACACUUCAAAAGGAAUGUAAUAGACAUAAACUUGAGACUCCAGAUAAAGAAUACAUUGUACAUCAUCCAGAAGAAAAGCAGUCAGACUCUAGCGUGCAUCGAUGUCACUCCUCGUUAUCCCAAUAUUCAACAUCGACAGCAAAAGUAUCUUCUCAAGAAGAAGAGUUGACUGAUUCUCUACGCGCCUGUUAUUCUCAACCCUUGUCCAUGAUGGAGUAUGCUGAAAGUAUUGAUACUUCAACCAAAGUAAUCAGUCUAGCAGAACAUCUCGGUACCCGAAUAUGUGAUCAUAUUCCAGAAACAGCUAAUAAGCUUUCUGAGGAUAUGGUUAAAUGUAUAUCAGCUAUAUAUUACAAACUUGCAGACCCACCUAUGACUAAUCCGGGCCUUUCAUCUCCCAGUACUUCGAUAAGUGCCUUUUCUAUUGGCGAUCAAGGCGACACGUGGAGUCCAGGGUUAAGAAAUAACUCCUCUUUUGAUGUACAGUUAGAUAAUCCUUUCAACGUUGAAGGAUUCAAGGAGUUUAGUGGGCCAUAUAGCACCAUGGUUGAGGUACCGUGGAUUUAUAAAGAGAAUCAGAAGUUGGCAGAUACAGAACAGUUGCUCCAGAAUUUCAGGUCACUUAUUUGUCAAUUAGAAGACGUAGAUCCGGGGAAGUUGAAACACGAGGAGAAGUUAGCUUUCUGGAUCAACGUACACAAUGCUUUAGUGAUGCAUGCUUUUUUAGCUUAUGGAAUUCCACAAAACAAUGUGAAAAGAGUCUUUCUUCUGUUGAAGGCUGCAUAUAAUGUUGGGGGUCAUACAGUUAGCGCAGACACAAUACAAAAUACUAUACUAGGGUGCCGAAUGUCUCGUCCUGGACAGUGGUUCCGCGUGUUCUUUUCUUCGAAGACAAAAUUCAAACCUGGAGAUGGACGACAAGCGUAUGCAAUCAAACACCCCGAGCCUCUUCUUCACUUUGCACUUUGUUCAGGAAACCACUCUGAUCCAGCGGUGCGUGUAUAUACACCGAAGAGAGUGUUUCAAGAACUAGAGGUUGCAAAGGAAGAGUACAUUAGAGCCACGUUUGGGAUACGCAAGGACCAAAAAAUGCUGCUUCCUAAGAUUGUAGAUACAUUCUCCAAAGAUUCAGGUUUGUCUCAUGCUGGUCUUAUAGAGAUGAUCCAACAGUCUCUACCUGAAUCCCUGAGAAAGAGUGUUAAGAAAUGUCAUGCAAAAUCCGGGAAGAGCAUAGAAUGGAUUCCACACAACUUCACUUUUCGAUACCUGAUACCUAAGGAGCUGGUUAAAUAAUUACUUGGUAGCUUUAUGUGAGACCGUCUACAAAUGUGUGGUCAAUUAGCAGUUGAAUAUUCUUAUUGUGAAAUGUUUGGUAGCUUUACUUGGUUAAAUAUUCUUUUGGGAUUUGGAUUUGGUGCAGUAAUUGUGUCACGCAGUUUUCGAUCUCAACUGUCCGAUCUCAAAUUAACAGUUGAGAUUGUUUUAAUUUUAAACUGAUUUUUUUAUUGGAAAAUCUGAACCAUCUGGUCACAUAUUAACGGCCGAGAUCGAAAACUGCGUGUAACUGAGUCUUUUGUCUACUGUUAACAGAUCCUGGUUUUGUACAAAAUUGACACAGAUAGAUCUAAUAUUUCAAUAUGUUGUAGCAUUUGGUAUCUGUGAUAUGUCUUGUAAUGUUAUUUAUUAUAGUAUUGUAAUUGUUGUAGUCGAUCAAUUAUCAAUUGGAUUUCUCCUGACUUCAACACAGA